GAAACACCAGAAAGUAUAUUGUCUCAGAUAAGGGGUUAUCCGAGGUCUGGGGAAGUAUGGGGUACUCCGUGCGAUGCCACUCUAGACUUUUCCUUUGCUCCUCUCUGGCGGGCAGACUCCAAGUCGAGUGACCGGUGUCCUGCGGAAAUCACGUCCUAGCUAUGUUCGAGUGCGGCACCUGCCACAAGUCGUAUGCCACUCAGAGCUCCCUGACGCGUCACGCGCACAACCACGAGUCUGGGAGGCGACAUACGUGUGCAGUAUGUGACAUAUCCUUUCGAAGGAGAGAUCUCUUGGCGAGACACGAAAAAAUCCACGAUACAGGACACGACGAUGUCGAAGGUGAACGUCGAAGGUGUCACACGGCUUGUGAAGCUUGUCGCAAGAACCGCGUCAAGUGCGACGGUCAACAACCUUGUGGUUCUUGUUCACGUACACAGUCGACAUGUUCUUUCCAAAGGCCAGCGCGUCGUAUAAGUCGUAAAGCUCACCAGGAACUAUCGUCGGACGAUGGAGAUGACGAGAGCGGUGGACAGAGGCUCACUGAGCAUCAUGGGAACGCCGGAUAUGCUCAUGGUCAGGCAGGAGAGCUGCAAGUAUCUCCAAUGCUGCUUGGGACCAACACCUUUGCAGCUGAACAAUCCUCGAUGACUCAGGGCUCAUUGGAAGCUGGCUCACUGGGUCAAAUUCAGCCGAGCUUGGAAGAUCAUGAAUUCGCAAAUAUCCUAGCAUCCAUGCACCAUGCGACAGAUGCGGAACUUGAAUCAGUUCCCGAACUAUGGCCACCGACAAUCAACUGGCCAUGGGCACAUGAACAGCUGUAUCUACGCGACGGACCUGAUUAUGGUCCCUACGGUGUGGCUGAUCUUGACGGGCUUCAGUUAUCGGUUGACUCCAUGGCUUCUCAGCACGUAGAUAUGAUAGGCGCAGGUAACGCUACGGAGCAGGGCAGCGGUGGCAACACGAUAGAUGAAAGUCUACUAGCGAUCAGUCCAAUAUCAAUGACGCCGACUCGAGUCAUCGAUAGCAUUGUCCGGGAGGCCGUCGAAGUUGCCAGAGACAACUCUCGAUGGGCUGAAUUUUGGAACUCUGCUUCGAAUCAAAUCAGCGUUGCUUUCAACAUAUCAGCUGCGCCGGAGGUACCUCAAGGCGUGAACGUCCUGGAACACUUCAGCAACAUAUAUCUUGAACAGUUUCAACCACUGUGGCCAUUAUUAUGGCAGCCUGGACUAGAGCUCGACAAAUUACACCCGCUAUUAUUGCUCACUAUCACCUCGAUCGGAGCAUUGUAUUCAGGAGUUACUUCUUCAAGGUAUGGCUCUCUAUUACACGAGAAAAUGCGCGAAGUUCUUCUCGUGUCGCCUCCUCGCACCGAUCAGACAGAUCAAGAGAAUCUAGACCUUGGGAGAGCCAUGUUAUUGACCCAAGUCGCCGCAAUAUAUUUCGAGCAGCAGCAUGCUUUCUCAGCAGCGCAAAGACUUGGCGCGUUGCUCAACGCCCACGCUCAAAAGAUGCGGUUGUUCAGCUACCGAUCUCGUCGAGGGAUGCCGACGCCCCUGGACCUGACACAGGCCAACAACGUCUCUGCAAUACAAUGGCACAAGCAGUGGGUCUUCGCCGAGGGCUGCAAGCGGCUAGCCUACGGAGUAGUACGCGGCGAAGUGUUUAUGAGUGUCCUAUUGGACUCGAAGCCCCUCGCAUCAUAUGAGGAGGUGGACCUCGAGCUUCCCUAUUCGGACACGUUAUGGACCACCAAACGGCAAUUCGCGCGUGAAUAUAUCAGUGCUGUCGGCCGAGAGCAUAGUCUUUGUCGGGGCAUGAUCUUUUCAGAUCUCGUCAGGGUUGCUCUUGAUCCAAAUGAGGUUCUACCACUGCUACAGCCUUUAGAGCAUGAGCUCCUACUCUAUGGAUUGCAGUACUCUGUGUGGCGAUUCAGUCACGAUCCGAGUAUGUUCAAGCGUCUGACCGGUCACGAUGCGACCAAAGAGUCAGCCCCAACCACGUCUGACUUUGAGUCCGCUGGUCUGGAUCAUGAUCACUUAGUUGACCGAGAUCAUCUAGACUAUUCGACAAGGAAGAUGCGAGAUCUCUUGCGAGAGCGACAAAACGUCAUCUGUGCUUUGAGAAAAUGGAAAGACAUGGUCGCGAGCAGUCAGAUGUCUAAUCAAUACGGACAUAACCGCACGACCUACCUUAGUGGACUCAUGCUGUUUCAUCUAAGCUUUUUGCGGCUACACGCCCCCGUUGGACUCAUUCAAGAGGUGGUGUAUCACAACGGCAGUCCGUCUGAAGCAGUGAAAGUUUCGAUCCAAACUAUAGCAGAUUGGUCUCGUACUAACGAAGCACUUGUGGCGAUCAAGCACGCAUGUUCGAUGUGGACAUUGAUCGAAAAAGAGACAUCGCGUAAGGCUCUUCCGCAAGCGCGCUACACUAUCCUUACUGUCAUUGCCGUCUACCAAGCAGCUACCGUGAUCUGGGCCAUGGCCGGUGCUUGUGACACUUCCAGGCACUCGCUGAACAUGAUGGGUUCUUCCAAGCAGAUCGACAAAGACAAGGUCGAGCUCUCAAAAUCCAACAUCUCUAAUCUGAUGCAAUCUUUUGCGGAAUUAUUCCCGGACAUGACAUCAACCUGGGGUACACAAUCCUCGUUCUCGAAGAUGGUGUUGGAACUGGCGACAAGAACUCUCAUCUGAUGACCGAAGGCUUUCCUCAAGAAAGUUUGUUGUAUCCUACAUGUGCUUCAUGACCGACGAAUUCAUCUGAUUUACUCAAAC